UCCUGGACCUCUCCUCUUCCCCCUUUCUCACUUCCGCCCCCUCGGCGCCCGCGCCCGACGGCUCGGCCUCCGCGCCGACCGCUCGGCCGCCGCGCCUCUCCCUCUUCCUGCGCCCGGGCCGCGCGCUCUCCAGCUGCUGCGCCCAUGGCUGUCCCCGAGGACGGCUCCUCCAGCUCUAGCGCCGCGACUGCGACCACCGCGGCCAAGCUCUGCGAUGAGGCCCUCGCCGCCGCCAAGCUCCUGGAAGAUGAAGCCGCCUCCCUGCGCUCGACGAAUGCUGAGCGCGGUCAGCAACUCCAGGAGGACGCUGACCUCCUCAAAUCCGCCGCCGCCGCCCAGGAGCGCGUCCGCGGCGGCGCGGACGCUCUCGAACAAGAGCACGCCCAGGCCCUCAACCAGGAGCAGCGGGCCGCUGCUCUCCGGGUUCGUCACCGCUCGACCGGCCCCCGCGACGACGAGCCCCGCAACGAUGACUUCCCGGACGACGACGACCACUCCCUCACCUCCGACGCCGCGGCCGUUGCUCGGCUUCACAGCCAAGCUGCCGCCGAUCCGGAAUCUAAUUCCGAUUGCUCUGGACCUUCAGGCCUCCAACUACUCGAAGUGGCGCGGCUACGUCCUCCUCAUCCUCGGCCGCUUCGCCCUGCAGGACCAUGUCCUCGGCGACGCACCUCACCUCCCCGACCCGGCCUGGUCACGCAUAGAUUGCGUGGUCGUGUCCUGGCUCUUCAACACCAUCUCCACCGACUUGCUGGACAUCAUCCACAGCCGCGACGGCGUCUCUGCCCGGGCUGCCUGGCUCGGCCUCGAGGAGCAAUUCCUCAACAAUCGGGAAUCUCGCGCCUGAUUCUCGACGCAGAGUUUUGCACUCUCUCCCAGGGUGCGCUCUCCGUCAACGACUAUUGCCGCAAGAUGAAGAACAUGGCCGACGCUCUUGCCGAUCUUGGCGAACCCGUUCAGGACUGCACUUUGGUGCUCAACGUCCUGCGUGACCUCAACGAACGCUUCCACUUCAUGUCGCAGUUCAUCCCUCGCCAGAGGCCGUUCCCGUCCUUCGCCGACGUCCGCGCCGACCUCCGCCUCACCGAGCUCAGCAUCGGCGCUUGUCGUCUCCUCGUCCAGCAAGCCGCCUGCCCCCUCCCCACCACCUGGGUCCGGCUCCCCCCGUCCUUCCCAGGCCGCCGGGGGCUCCUCUGGCGGCGGCGGCCAUGGCGGCUCCACUGGUGGACCAAACGGAGGUCCUCAGUGGCCUUCCAUCUUCAAUCCGUGGACUGGGUCCAUCCACAUGUGGCCCGGCUCCACCUCCGACGGACCCCGAGGGCCACCUCCUCGCCCCGGCCCGCCGCCGCCGUCGCCACAACACGUCCUGAUGGCCGGCGCGCCUCCGGCGUUCUACGCGCCACCACCGGCUCCAGGGGCGUUCUACCAGGUGCCCCCUCCUGCGCCGUCCCCGUGGGACCCCCAUUCCCUCGCCAACGCCUUCAGCACCGUCUCCCUCACUCCGCCGCCGUCCUCCUCGGAUUGGGUGAUUGACUCGGGCGCCUCCUCUCACAUUGCCUCCAAUUCUGGAUCUCCGCACCAGGACCCCUCUUCUUCGAUGUGAUGGCUCCGGACCCCUGUACACUCUGCAGCUUCCGUCGACACCAUCCAGCCCCUGCGUUUGUUAGAUAUAUAAACUUGUGUUCUGCUCAUUUAUUGUUUUAUCACGUUACUUGUUUUAGCGUGAGCUCAGCUGGUGGCUUAUCCAUAGCUGAGCGCGUCCGGCUGGAGACGUGCUCGUUCACGUCGCGGCCAUGGCGCGCGGCACGAUCUGGCGUGCGGGAUGGCGCACGCAUUUAGCGGAUCAUGACGCGCGCAUGCAGGAGCUGAAGACCAAGCCUUGUCUUUCUUUCUUUUGUCAGUUGUAAUCGCUACAAAUAAGAGAAUGAAAAACCAGAAAAGGCUGCAAGUUGUUCGCAGCGCCAAAA